AUGUCUUUAGAGGCGGACAGUAGAGACCUCACAUGUUCCGCCGCCUCUCCUCCCCCUUCCGCCGGCGCAAGCAGCCGUCCGCGACCGUGCGCAUGCAUUCUCUCGUCGCUGUCCGCGUACGGUACCACGGUCGUGGCUGGCACUCCAGAUGCAGCGCUCACGGGCUGCGACGAGGUGUCCGCCGCAGGGAGGAAAGCAGGUGCGGCGGAAGAAGUGGACGCGCGGGGAGGAGGGUUGUGUGCGCUGACCUCUGCCGCUUCGAGCGUCAAGUCUGUGUCGCAGGUAUUGCCUGGAUUGUUAUCGCCGGUGUCGCCAGGAAUGUUGGCGGAAGGAGGGGUAGCGGUUCUAGAGAGUGCUGAUCGGCUGACAGCAGUAGGCGGCAGGCAGCAGGCGGUAGCGCUGAUGCCCCAGCUGCAGGAGCAGGCGGACGAGGGAGGCGCGGAUGACGCAGAGAAAGAGCGCCAGGGCGCAGCGGAGCGGCAUGGGGAAGGGAAGGCGGAGGGGCAAGGCGAAGUGGACGGCGUGGGGGCGGCGGAGUGGGAGAGUGUGCCUGAAGGGAUCUUGGAGUCGGUGUUUGCUCGGCUGGCGUUUGAAGACCUGGCCGCCGUGCUGCUCACGUGCUCCGCGUGGCAGGCAGUGGCGCGCAGUGAUUGCCUUUGGAAGCAACUGUUUCUGCUGCGAUGGGGGCACUCUGCCACUCAAGCUAUUAUGCAGCAGCGGCGGCAGCAACAGCAAGAGCAACAGCUGGAGCAAGAGCAGGAGCAGCAGGAGCAGGAGCAGCAGAAACCGGAGCAGGAGCAGAAAGAGAGCAGGACGGUUACUAGCAGCAGAAGCGCAGUGGAGCAGCAGAGGACGGAUGAGCAAGUGCAUGAGGGAGCCGAUCUAGCACAGGGAGAUGACAGCAGCGGUGGAGAUACCUCAGCUCGUCCGUUGCAUCCAGACCAGCAGCAGUCGCCAUCAGUCACUGCGGCACCGUUGUCGUGGCAGGAGGCGUUUCGGCAGCGGCUGGAGAGUGAGAGGGCAGCGCAGUGCCCCCAGUGCCGCAGGUCGCGCUUUGUUCCCAUCGUGUACGGCUUCCCAUCAGCUCCGCUGGUGGCAGGCAUGCGCAUGGCACAGUGUGUGCUGGGAGGGGACCAUCUCACAGACUACCCAGGGUACAACCCCCUGUGGGUGUGUGUGGGGUGCACCACCCGGUGGAGGAAGUAUCCUUAUGCUCCUGACUGCGAAGGCCCCUACUUCCCGCCCUCGCUCUCCACCUCAUCUGCCUCGUCCACAGGCAAUGAGAUUGACGACUUUGAUUCCUCUCAGGACGCACCCGCGCCCACUUCUACCCCUCCAGACUCUGCGCCUGGUGCGCCGGCCGCCGCCGCGACUGCUCCGCCUGCCGCUCCAGGAGCGCUGCCCGUCGCACCCCCCGCGACAACUCCCCCGGCUGCGCAGACCACCGGGGCACCGAUCGCGCUGUCUGAUUUCGAUCAGGCGAAGCGCAAGGCGGAAGAGCUCGCGCAGAAGUUUCUUAACGCGGGAGGCGCGAAGCGGUCCAAGUUCGACGACGGGCCGCCCGCAGGCGUUGCCGCCGCCGUGGCUCCUCCCGGCGUGAGCGGCGCGAACGGCGGAGGCCCGCCGGGUGGUGUGGCGAGCUUCGCGCCCGGUCCUCCCGGAUCGCAAGGCUAUGGCGCUGGCGCGCAGCAGCAGAGCCAGCCGCCGCCGUACUACCAGCAGCCGCAGCCGGGGGGCGCCGCGCCUUACUACGAUCAACAGGGCGGCGCCGCUACGCAGUCAAAGAAGAUCGACGUGCCGAACACGCGGGUGGGGCUGAUCAUCGGCAAGGGCGGCGAGACGAUCAAGUACCUGCAGGCGCAGUCGGGCGCCAAGAUCCAGGUCACGCGCGACAUGGAGGCGGACCCGCGCGCGCCCACGCGCCCCGUGGAGCUCACGGGCACGGCGGAGCAAAUCGCGCAGGCGGAGCAACUCAUUAAGCAAGUGCUCGAAGAGUCAGCCGCGGCCAGAGCGGCAGGAGGUGGAGGUGGUGGAGGAGGCGGAGGAGGCGGAGGGGGAUCGUACCCUGGAGCACAGGGUGGAGGGGAGACGGUGACGAUUAAGAUCCCCAACAACAAGGUCGGCCUCAUGAUUGGUCGAGGUGGAGAGACGAUUAAGAGCCUUCAGGCGCGCUCCGGUGCAAGGAUUCAGGUGCAGAGCGAUCGCGAGGUGGAGCCGGGGUGCACGGAGCGCAACGUGAUGCUGAUGGGCAGCAAGGCGCAGACGGACAUGGCGCAGGACCUCAUCAAAGAGGUCCUCGACGACGUAAGUUGCCGCUCCCCCCCUUCCCCUCCCUCGCGCACCCUCUUUUCCCCCUCUUCUCCCGCCUUUCCUUCACACCCCCCACUCCACCUCCCCCUCCCUCCCCGCUCCUCUCCCCUCUUCCUCCCCUCGGCCCGUCGUUCUGGAGCACAUGGGGUGGUUCUUUGCGUGCGAGUCGUCUCACCCUGUGUGAUUCCACUCCACACGGCUGGCUGCGUGGGUGUCGCUAGUGUGCAGAGCACAGCAGCGCAGGGGACGCACUCAGCGCGCCACGCCACUCGCCCUCUCCGCGCGUCACUGCGUGCCGCGCGGCGCUGCUCCUUCAGUUGCCCUGCGCACCACAUCAAACCGCACCAGACCACACCAGCCCAGCCCUCUGCGGGCCUCGCACGCCUCGCCCCCCGCCUGCCUGCGCGCCUCUUUCCCUUUCAGAGCCUCUCCGCCUUUGCAUCUAUCGCGCUCUCUUGCUUGGACUUCGUGUGCCAUGCGAGCCUAUCAUUAUCGAUCAUGCCUUUCAUCCAAAUUUUCUGCCUUUCUGCGUCUCUUGUUUGCCUUGUGUGCUCCCCCGUUCCCCUCCCACCCUUCCCGGCUCUCCUGCAUUCUCUCGCUCCUUGCCUUGCCCUUGUCCCCCCCAUCUUGCUUGCUUGCAUGCCUGUGCUUGUGCUCGUCCUGCCCUCCCUCCUUUCGGUCUCUCCCUUCGCCCCGCUCCUCCUUCUCCUUCCUCCCCCACUCCCCUUGCUGUUGUAUGCUUCUUGUAUGCCGGCCCCUCCGCUCUUGCCUUCCUCUCUUGCCUCUUCUCUUGCUCGCUUGCCCUCGUGCCCUCGCCGCUCGUCCACCCUCUCUCCCCCCCGCGCGUCCUUGGCAAUGCAGCCUCGAAGGUCAGGUCCCGGUGGUGGCGGAGGGGGAGGCGGCGGAGGGUACGGGGGGCAGCAGGGGGGUUACCGCUCGGGCCCGGGCGGUUGGCAGGGCGGAGGGGGCGGCGGAGGAUACCAGCAGCCGCCCCCGGGGCAGCAGCCGCAGCAGGGCGGGGGAUACGGGGGAGGGUACAGCCAGGGGCAGUACGGGGGGCCGCCGCAGCAGUACGGGCAAGGGCAGGGCUACGGGGGGGGAUACGGGGCGCAGGCGGGAGGAGGCGGGGAGUACCAGCAGCAGGGGGGGUGGGGCGCGGGCGCACCACCAGGGGGGCAGCAGCCCCCGCCUGCCCCGCCAGCGCAGCAGCCGCCAGCCGCACAGCCACCCGCGCAGCCAGCAGGAGGCGCACCAGCAGGGGGAGGGUACGAUUACUAUGGGCAGGGCGCACAGGCGCCCCCCCCUGCUGGGGACGGGGGGUACGCGUAUGGCGCUCAGCAGGGCGGGCAGGCGGGGUACUAUGGGGGAUACCAGCAGGGGUACCCGCAGCAGCAGGGGCAGCAGGCGCCUCCUGCGGGGUAUGCAGCAGCACCGGGGGGGUAUCCUCAGCAGCAGGGGUAUGAUCAGCAGGGGUAUGGGCAGCAGGGGUAUGCCCAGCCAGGGUAUGGUGCGCAGCAGGGCGGGUAUGAUUACUACGGGCAGGGGCAGCAGGCGCAGGGAGGGCAGGAUGCGUAUGGGCAGCAGCAGCAGCAGCAGCCCCCGGCGGGGGGGCAGCAGGCGGCAGGGCAGGGGUAUGGUGGAGCGGAGGGUGGUGCGCAGGGAGGGUAUGAUUACAGUGCUGCUGCCCCGCCUGCUGCCGCUCCUCCUGGCGCCGCUUAG